AUGAAUGACAACCAUGUUGGUAUUGACGUCAACAGUCUCCGCUCCAUACAAUCCCAUGAUGCCGGUUUCUACCAUGACAAGAAUGGCACCUUCCAGAGUUUGAGUCUCGAUAGCCAAGAGGUGAUGCAGGUGUGGGUGGACUACCAUGGAGAGAAGAUGCAGAUUGAUGCCACCAUGGCUCCUCUCGGCAUGGCCAAGCCUACAAGACCAAUAGUAUCAGCCAACUACAACCUCUCAAGCGUGCUCACAGAUGUGGCAUACAUCGGCUUCUCAUCUGCAGAAGGCAAGAUAACGAAGCACUAUGUGCUCGGUUGGAGUUUUGGCAUGAACAGUCCUGCUCCAGCUAUCAAUCUCACCAUGCUGCCAAAACUACCUCUUGAUCCUCAUACCAAGAAUCGACGUCGUCUACCAGUAUUGCAGAUCAUUCUACCACUUGCAACAGCAGCACUCAUCCUGUCUGUGGCUGCCGUUAUUUCCCUGCUUGUGCGGAGGCAUUUCAGGUAUGCAGAAGUACGUGACGACUGGGAGGUCGAAUUCGGCCCACACCGCUUCUCGUACAAGGAUUUGUUCCGUGCAACAGAAGGAUUUGACAACAAAAACCUCCUAGGGGCCGGAGGAUUUGGAAGAGUAUACAGAGGAGAGCUGCCAAGCUCCAAACUAAGGAUAGCUGUGAAGAGGGUGUCGCACGACUCCAGGCAAGGCAUGAAGGAAUUCAUUGCAGAAAUUGUCAGCAUUGGCCGCCUUCAGAAUCCAAAUCUUGUGCACUUGCUUGGCUAUUGCAGACGUCAAGGUGAGCUCCUGUUAGUGUAUGAGUACAUGCCCAAAGGAAGCCUCGAUAAGUACUUGUAUGGUGAAGUGGACAACUCCACAUUAAGUUGGGACCAAAGGAUUUGGAUCAUUAGGGGCAUCGCAUCUGCACUGAUUUAUCUCCACGAGGAGUGGGAGAAGGUAGUUGUCCACCGAGACAUCAAGGCAAGCAAUGUGCUCCUCGAUGAUGAGUUGAAUGCACGGUUGGGUGAUUUCGGUCUAGCAAGGUUGUAUGAUCAUGGCGUUGAGCAAGAAACUACUCGUGUUGCUGGCACCAUUGGAUACAUUGCUCCGGAGCUAGCACGCACGGGCAAGGGUACUCCUCUUACCGACGUAUUUGCCUUUGGUGUAUUUAUUCUGGAGGUCACUUGUGGACAAAGACCUAUCAUGCAGAGCACACAAGAUGAGCUGGUCAUGUUGGUUGAUUGGGCGCUUGAGCAUGUGCAACAAGGGUCACUAGAUGAUGCAAUAGAUAUAAGACUUAAAGGGCAGUACAAUGUCAGCGAGGCACAUCUGGCACUGAAGCUAGGACUACUGUGCUCACACCCAUUUGCAUGUGCAAGGCCUAGCAUGCGGCAAGUGAUCCAAUACCUAGAUGGGCAUAUUGAACCACCAGAGCUACCAGCACACCAGAGCUUCCAAGCACUGGCCUUGAUGCAAAAUGAAGGAUUCGAUUCAUACAUCAUGUCAUAUCCUUCAUCAAAGAGUGUUGGCACAAUGUCAAGCAUUUCAGGAGGAAGAUGA